AUGAACGCGGAAGCGAAGGAGCAAGAUUCCCCAGCUCCCUCGGCUGAGCGCACGGAAGCCAGCCAGGAGAUAAGUGCCGCCGGAGAACAACCCGACAAGCCGAAGACCGAGGCCAACGGCGACGGGACUGCGAAUGGUGCCUCCGCGAAUGGCCAGAAGCCCAACCCGAAAGACCCGUCUAGACCCCGGAGGAAGAAGGCGAGACGGGCUUGUUUUGCUUGCCAGCGCGCACACUUGACUUGCGGUGAUGAGCGACCGUGUCAGCGGUGCAUCAAGCGCGGUCUCCAAGAUGCGUGUCACGACGGGGUCCGGAAGAAGGCCAAGUACCUCCACGAUGCGCCGGAUGGAGCGUUGAUGCCGGGGAUUGGCGGGACCUUCUACAACAAUCCCAUGCGCAACAGCCUGCCCUUGUCUCGGAAUGGCGCCAAUGCCGUGAACGCGACCGGUCAGCAGAGCGCUGGCGCAAACUUCUAUCCUACUCCCCAGUCGACUACCUAUGUCUACCAAGAGAAUACCAUCAACCAAGGCUCGUUUCCUUCGCAAUCGCCGGUGUCGCCAACCUUUAACCUCAAGGCUACUCCUACGGCUCGAACCAACAGCCUCCCCUCCGUCAACCCGCAACCACCGUCUACGAGCGUCUCCGGUCCCCCAGGCCAGGGUCAAAAUCCGUUCGCCGGUCCCUUCUUCGAUCCCAGUGAUCCCGCUCUCUUCAACUUUGACCUUUCCAGCAUGAAUUUUGAGAACCGAUACGGUGCGUUGGAGUUUGGCAUGCUAGGACACAUGGCGACGGGGGCGGGCGAUUCACCGAGUGAUUCGGCCACGCAGCGCGGGUCUAUGGGGCGCAGUGGCUCGGCACAAUAUGCUUCAACUCCCAUUACUGGGGCACCAGGCUUUGGGGAAAGCCCAGGCAACCAGCAGCCGUUCAUGUUUGGGGAUCCGCUCCUCAAUGAAUGGCCCAGCGGACAGGCCCCGGGACAACCGCAUAUGCCGGGGGUUUAUCCGCAGUCGGGACAAGGCAGCGCGAUUCCUGGACAUUUGAGCAAAGCGGAUGCGCCGCAUGCAUUUGCCAUCGAAAGCGGACCGGCCAAUUUCAACAGUCCCGGUGCGACGACUAGCCCGCAGAUGACGACUGGGCUUGAGGAGACCCCGUUUCACAGUGCGGUGGCAAGCAAGUCGAACGGGUUAGCCCCGCAUGGACAACAACGACCGAUGAUUACAACACCGAGCUUGAAGCAUCAGAACUUACAGGUCGGCGUGCGGCGACGACAACGCAACCCGUCGGCCAUCUACGACAGCGUCAAGGAGCCGUACGCAUACACCAGCCGCUUUCACGGCCUCACGGCAUUCAUUCAAAGACGUUUCCCGCCGCAGAAGACGCUGCAGAUCGCCAAGGCGCUGGCGUCGAUCCGGCCGUCAUUCAUCGCGACGACCAAGACGCUCAACCGGGACGACCUGAUCUUCAUGGAGAAGUGCUUCCAGCGGACGUUGUGGGAAUAUGAGGACUUUAUCAACGCGUGUGGCACGCCAACCAUCGUGUGCCGUCGGACGGGCGAGAUCGCCGCUGUGGGCAAGGAGUUCAGUAUCCUGACGGGAUGGAAGAAGGAUGUGCUGCUCGGCAAAGAGCCGAAUCUCAAUGUCAACACGGGCGGUUCAUCAAUGCCGAACUCCGGGGCGUCGUCGCGCAGCUUCACGCCUCGGUCGACAGUGGACAGUACGCCCGGGCGCCCGCAGCCAGUAUUCCUGGCAGAGUUAUUGGAUGAUGACAGCGUGGUGCAGUUCUAUGAGGAUUUCGCACGGCUGGCGUUUGGCGACUCGCGCGGUAGUGUGAUGACAACGUGCAAGCUGUUAAAGUACAAGACGAAGGAGGACAUGGAGGGCGCUGCCGCAGAGGAUAACCAGCGCUGGAACAACCACUUGCGCAAGGGGGGAAUCGCCAGCGAGGCGGGGAUGAACCAGCUAGGGUUCAAGGACGGCAAGGUCGAAUGUGCGUACUGCUGGACAGUGAAGCGAGAUGUAUUCGACAUACCGAUGUUGAUUGUGAUGAAUGUGAGUAUACCAGUGUUCCUGUGAUGUGAUAAUGAGGAUGGUGAUGCUAAUGAGGGUAUAGUUCUUACCGUGCAUUUGAUUUAUGAUCAUAUUUGUUUCAUGUUCAUACCCGGGCCGGAUAUCAAAAAGGAUGAUUGUUGAUUAUUUUACCGCUAGCCUUUUUUUGUUUUGCCAAUGACCGGAAGCAAUCUGGUCUUGUAUUGGUACAUAUUGCUACU